AUGGCAUCACGAAAUUACACCAGAAUUUCAGAAUUUCUUCUUCUGGGAUUUUCAGAGGACCCUGAAGUACAGCUCCUCAUGUAUGGAAUUUUCUUCUCUAUGUACCUGGUCACUGUGUUUGGGAACCUUCUCAUCAUUCUAGCCACAAUUGUGGAUCCCCAACUGCACACACCCAUGUACUUCUUCCUCUCCAACCUGUCCCUUGUGGACAUCUGCUUCACCUCUACAACCAUCCCAAAGAUGCUGGUAAACAUCCAGACACACAGCAAGGCCAUCGCCUAUAAAAGCUGCAUCAUCCAAAUUUAUUUUUUUGUAUUAUUUGUAGUGCUAGACAACUUCCUCCUGGCUGUGAUGGCCUACGACCGCUUUGUGGCCAUUUGUCACCCUCUGCACUACACAGUCAUCAUGAAGCCCCAGCUCUGUUGGUUGCUAGUGCUGGUGUCCUGGAUCACAAGUGCCCUGAAUUCCUUGUUACAAAGCUUCAUGGUUUUGCAUCUAUCCUUCUGCACAGAGGUGAAAAUCCCACACUUCUUCUGUGAACCUAACCAGUUGGCCCACCUUGCCUGUUCUGACACUCUUCUUAAUAAUGUUAUGAUGAAUUUCACAGCUGGGUUGCUGGGUGUUGGUCCCCUCACUGGAAUCCUAUAUUCUUACUCCAAAAUUGUUUCCUCCAUCCAAGCAAUCUCAUCAGCUCAGGGCAAAUAUAAAGCAUUUUCUACCUGUGCUUCUCACCUCUCAGUUGUAUCCUUAUUUUAUUCUACACUUUUAGGAGUGUACCUCAGUUCUGCUAUCAGCCAAAACUCACACUCAAGUUCAACAGCCUCAGUGAUGUACACUGUGGUCACCCCCAUGUUGAACCCCUUUAUCUACAGUCUGAGAAAUAAGGACAUCAAGAGAGCACUGAAAACACUCUUUGAGAAAUAA